GUGGGCACAGGUGGGUGGCACUGGUGGGCACAGGUGGGUGGCACUGGUGGGCACAGGUGGGUGGCACUGCUGGGCACAGGUAGGUGGCACUUCUGGGCACAGGUGGGUGCACUGCUGGGCACAGGUGGGUGCACUGCUGGGCACAGGUGGGUGCACUGCUGGGCACAGGUGGGCGGAACUUGCGGGUGGCACUGCUGGGCACCGAUCAUCAGGGCACUGAUCAUCAGUGCCCUGAUGAUCGGUGCCAAUCCUCGCUCUGACAACUGCCGGUUCUCGGCAGUACUUUCCUCACGAUCUGACAGCGUGAGGAAAGUGCAGCCGAGAACCGGCACUUGC